AGCAGGUGUCACCGAGUUAUGCUGAUCUUAAACCACUUGUUGCUUGUUUUGUCCUUGGUGCCACCGGCACUCAGCUACCCUUUCUUCCCACCAACAUGUUACACUAAAGUUCUGCACAUGGCACAAGAGCUCACCCAGAUGGCAGCUGAUUUGAAGAGGGACCCUGAAACAAGCUACUGCAUGGCACAUAUGCCAGAACUUUACCUUGAUGUCCAUAAUGCUUGUGUGAUGCAAAAAAUGAGCACCUACAUGAACUUGGUGGAAGGCCUCAGGCAGCGCCGCUGCGCUUACACCAGAGAAGUGAGGAAGCUGUGGACCAGUCUGAGACAGCUCUUCAUCAUCAUGUCAGAGAGAUGUCACGGGGACUUGGUGUUCACGAUCAGUGACUGCGCUCUGCUGGAGCGUUGAUGUUCUGGAUGCUGAAACAACAUUUUACUACAUGUUUAAGGAGAGUGUAAAGAAGGAGCAUGACAUGAGUCAGUUCUUUAAGCCUCUGCAGUAACAGAGGUGUUUAACACAUAAAAUGUAUUGAAGUUACAAUGGUAAAAUUUCUUACAUAGAAAAUCAUUUUCUUGUCCGUAGCAGAGUUUAUUAUCACCAAUAUAUUUUAAUGAGAUGCCCUUUGUUUAUAUUGUCUCCAAUAAUAUAUGUUGU